AUGCAAUGGGUGAUGGUCCGGACACUUGCACUCUCGCCUGGAGACGGCAUGAUUCACUUCGAAAGUCAACGACCUCUUCUCUCGGAAAAGUUCCAUAUCAAGGGCUUCAGUACGUCAUGUCAGAUGAAGCCAAUGGACAAUACUAUCAGCGCGGACCGAAGUGGAUUCACCGAGGAGAAGUUUGCCUGGACUUUUUUCCACGCUGGUGUCUCUGCAGGACUGAGCAUUUCGCGAAACGCUACCGGCAUCGACACUUCAUGGAUUGUCUUCAAUAAACCUACAGAACUCAACAACCGCCACGCUGGAUUUCUGCUUGCUCUUGGUAUCAACGGCCAUCUGCGAACCCUUGCUAAAUGGCUUGCAUUCAAGUAUCUAACCCCGAAACACAACAUGACUUCAAUAGGUCUUCUGCUGGGACUAUCAGCAUCAUACCUCGGUACCAUGGACACGCUGCUAACUCGCAUGUUGUCCGUGCAUAUCACGAGAAUGCUUCCUCAUGGUGCUGCUGAACUCAAUGUUUCACCGAGCACACAGACUGCUGGACUGAUGGGUAUUGGCCUGGUCUACUAUGAUACACAGCAUCGACGAAUGAGUGAAAUCAUGCUCUCAGAGGUUGAACAUCGUGAAAUUGAGGAUCCUGGGAGCACAAUGGACCAGUUGCGCGAUGAAUCAUAUCGACUUGCUGCAGGAUUCGCUCUUGGUUACAUUAACAUCGGGAAAGGUCGUGAUCUGCGUGGACUUCAUGGCAUGAAUCUUCUGGAGCGUCUGUUGACUGUUGCUGUCGGCCCCAGACCAGUCGAACUCGUUCAUGUCGUUGACAAAGCCACUGCUGGCGCAGUCAUUGCAAUCACUCUAAUCUACAUGAAGACUGGAGAUCAGUCAGUGGCUCGCAAGAUAGACAUACCUGACACUAUAGCCCAGCUUGAGCAUUGCCGUCCAGAUAUACUACUUCUGAGGACUGUUGCAAGCCAUCUCAUUAUGUGGGACGAGAUUACUGAUGAGCCUGAUUGGAUUCGCAAGAACCUCCCCAUCGAGUAUGCACACCGCUACUAUGGUCAAGGUUCGAAGAGUUCAAUCGAAAUGACCACCCUUCCUCAGCUCCGCAGUAAGGACGUACCAAUUUUCAACAUUCUGACUGGUCUUGCUUGGAGUCUUGCACUGAGGUUCGCUGGUAGUGGUAAUCAACGAGCCAGAGACCAAGUGAUUGCGAUUCUCAGGGCGUUCAUUGCAGUAUCCAAGCAGGAUGCUUUCUUCUACGAUGCCAAACUUGCGAGAGCGACUGUCAAGCGGUGUAUCGAUGUUUUGGCGCUUGCUAUGGCCACUAUCAUGGCAGGCACUGGUGACCUUCAGAGCUUCCGGUUCCUACGUUCAUUGCAUGGUCGAGUUGACCCAGAGACAACAUACGGAUCACACCUCGCAGCUCACCUUGCAAUCGGCACAUUGUUCCUAGGUGGUGGUACCUACACUUUUGGAACGUCCAACUUUGCGAUUGCAUCUCUGCUGUGCGCAUUCUAUCCUCUCUUCCCAAGCGAUGUUCUUGACAACCGCGUACAUUUGCAAGCUCUCAGACACUUCUGGGUUUUCGCUGCGGAGCCUCGUUGCAUUGUCGUGCAAGACAUUGACACCAAGCGACCCAUUCACGUCAAGCUUCGCGUCGUUACUCGGGACGGCAAACAGCACCAAAUGACAUCUCCCUGCCUAUUGCCAGAACUGGACACAAUCUCAUACAUCAGCACAGACGAUCCCACUUACUGGCAAGUCACUCUUGAUUUUGCCGCCAACCCGAAGCAUCUCGCCACAUUUCGUCGUUCACAGACAGUCUACUUGACAUCUGUGGACAGUAGAUUGGCCCUGACUCGAAGCGUGGAUUCUGCCAAUGCGGAUGCACAAUGGAGUUUGAGAUUGCUGUUUGCAUGGGCGCAAGAUGCUAGGGAUAAUGGAGAUGGCAGGUUGAGGUGGAUAGGCAAACAUGUAGUUGACAUGCUGCGGAAGAGGGUUGCGGAAAGAACAGACUUCUCGUAG